AUACUUUUUUGUAAAAUGGAAGAAGAAAGUUCUGUUCAUCCUCUUUCACCUGAUAUGCUACAAAGUUUUUCAUGGAACAGUUCUUCAAGAAUUUUUCAAAACAUAGUUGACCAAGGUAGGGGAGAUUUCACUUGCAAAUAACUUUAGAAAAAUAACAUUUUUUUUUGCUCUGCUUUAAAGAUAAAGUUCAGUUUUGGAAUCCACGGCCAUAUCUUUCGCCAUCCGAAUUAGGUAAAGUUCUAGAAAUUUUAUUUUAACCAAUUAAAUACAAUGCUUAGCGUAAAUUUUCUAGUAUGCUAUAAGUAGAAUUCAUUCCACUCUUUAAAGUAAAACUAAAGAACAUCUUAGCACUCAAUCUUUAAUUGUUUUCAACUCAUUUUUUAAAAGUACAUACUUAUUCUUUCGUUUUGUAAACAUUGAGUGAAUUCAUAACAGAAAAUGACAAAUUGUGUUGGAGCCAACCCUUAUCUGUGAGAAAUUAUCAAACUGCAGCCGAACCAGGUAAGCGAAAAUAAAUUUCAUCAACAGAGAUGUAAAACGCUUUUCGUUUGAAGCCUUUAUAUAUUCAGAUUCAAUGACAUGGAAUCCUCCAGUAAGUGCUCCAUCUGUGCCAUGUAGAACUUUUCAAAAUGGCUUCGAACAAGCCUAUCCCGUCUUGAAUGAGUCCAGUCGUGUAAUUAUGGAUCUUGAUACGCAAAAUUUUCUUACGCCCAGCAAGACACCCAUAAAAAAUGAACAGAACGUUGUCUGCCUCGGUAAAAUGUCCACAGGAUCCAAUAGCGAGUAUCAGCCAAAUCUUGUUGACACUCCUCCAUCGUCACCAAUAGAAAUAUUUCCUCCGGGCCCCAGCAAGGUGAAAUAUCUUCCAAAUCCACCUCCUGUAGCCACUGUAUAUCCAACUACAAUCGAUUUUCCAUAUGGAGAAAAAUUCUAUCAAAUGUGUGAUGUUCAGGAAGAACAUAGCCGUAUAUUAAGAAUGUUUGAAAAAGCAAAAGAUAACUUACUUUUAGUUCAAAGUAUAGAAGAAUUAGCAGAUAAUUAUCAAAAGAGUAUCGAGAUGAUAGAGAGCAAACGAUACAACACGCUCAUGUCGAACGUUUUGGAAGAGGAAAUGAAAUAUUCAAUAAAUUUACAUUUUAAUAAACAAAGGUUUGAAGCUGCUCAAAAAGUUCGAGAAGAUUUAGCUGGUUUUGGAAUUUAUGAAGAAGUAAACGAAGAGGAUGGCGAUGCUUCCGCUGCAGCUAGGAGUCUUCUCGAAUUGUCGAGAUCAGCUCCGACAGACUUUCCAGACGAUGACGACGAAACUCCUCAGAGGCGGCGACGGGGAAGUAGAUAUUUACAAAAAACAGCAGUUAAAUUAAUGGAGCGAUGGUAUGCCUCAAACAAAGUACAUCCAUAUCCAUCGGAUGAAGAAAUUGAACGUUUAUCGGCUGAAGGUGGAAUUACAAGAGCUCAGGUUAAGAAAUGGAUGGCCAAUAAGAGAGUUAGAAAUUGUGCCAUCCAUCCGAGAAAAUUAAAACGGAUAAAGAGAGAGCAAGCUAAACUAGACGGAACUUACAUUCCAAGUCCCCCAAAAAAUUCAUUACAACGAAAGUAUUUACCGCCCUAUGCAGUUUCUGUUUUGUCGGCAUGGUUUGAUACGCAUAGGGACAAUCCUUAUCCGACUGAGCCCGAAAAAAAGGAUUUAGCAAAAUUGGCAGGAAUUUCUGUUUCUCAGGUCCGGCACUGGUUUACCAACAGGAGAAGGCGGCUUGUAGAAUCCCCUAUAAAAAAAAAAACAUGUCCGAAUAUGCAAUAUAUGAGUCCUGUAAGCAGUCAGAAUAAUUUGAAUCAAUAUCCAAAUAUUGGAGUGAGUGAUAACCAGAUGAUUCUGGUGGUUGAGAAAGGAGAGGAUGAAAUGAUGGUUGAAGGAGUUUGUAGCUCAUGA